CUUGACGAUAAUAAUGUUCACAUCUAACUCCAAAUCGCUCUCAAUUCCUACAACCGAGGGCUGGAAUAGAAGCAUUAUAGAUAUAUUCAUAUUAAUUGGAACCGAACAUUCGUCGACGUUCCCCUUUCUAAGAGAAGGGUUCUGGUCACGAUCGUAUGGCGCUAAUAAUGGUUGAAGCUCAAGUGGCUAGAUCUCAAUUGACAUCAUUUCUUUAUUUCUGUCUAGGUGCCCAAGGAGGCUAGUUUUGGUUCUCUUGGCUCUUUGACAAAGGCAUUGUUCCGCUAUAGAUUCAUAGUCUACGCAGGACAUAUAUUACGGAGAAAUCCUGCCAUUUAUGAUACCUGGGGAAAUAUCAAUAUUUCAUCUGUAUGUUUUCAUUCCCCAUUGAAAUUCUACAACAUGGCUCUCAGUCCAAACGAACUCUCUUGCGUUUUGUCACUUCUUGCUCACCCUUUGAACAUAUUAGAAGUCAAGUAUGCCUUUUGCGGCAGCGCUGCACUUUCUCUCCUUCGCGAGGAAUAUGGCCAAGAAGGACGAGGGACGGAUGAGAUCGACAUCGUCGUCCAACAAGACAGUAGGUUUCGAUCAUCGACUGCGUCGAUAUGGCUAGAAAAAGAAUUGCAGAGCUCUUCCAUUCCCACGACGCGAGACGAUGGCGGCGCUCUCUAUGUGCAUCUUACUAAUGAUGAUGAAACAUGGAUACAUGUCCGAGUCAAUAUUGAUCUCCCUGAGGUAUGGCCUCCGUACGACCUAGACGAAGUGGGUAAAGAACGAAGAUAUGUGAUUGUAGAUGGCGUGUCUAUUCCCAUCCUCGGAGUUCCCAGACUAGUAGAAAGAAAAAUCAGGAAUAUAUUCGACGGACAUAGUCCUGCCGAAGGUCAAGAUGACGGUGACGACCUUAGGAUUCUACUUGGUCUCUCUCCGAUGAACUCAGUAGAUUUCAGUGAUUCCCCCCCAGCCAUCUAUUACAUUCUCAACGCGUACCCAGAACUUCGUGAGCUUCUACAUCUUAAGGUGCUUUGUCCGCCGUACUUAGGUAACCCCUGGAUGUGGAAUGAUCGAGCUAGAGUAUAUAUGCGGUUUGAAGAAGAAGUUCGGGAGUUUGCCCAGGAGAAGGCCGCAGGACGUAUUAAAGUAAUGUGGGCGGCCGAUGAGGAGUCUCUUGAUAACUUAGUCCUUGGUGACCGUACAUUAAAGGUAUGGGCGCGCACUAGCAACACGCAGUUGGCGCUCGAGGCAUAGUAUCAAUACCUAAAGAGCCCCCAAAUGCUUCAGACAGGCAGAGUGUG